CCGGUUGACCUCGCGAACGAGCAGGCGACCGAACGCGUGUGUAUCGUCGUCGCGAAAAUGCCGUCUCCGCAAAGCGUGAAAACGCAGCCGUUCGGCGAUCAGAAACCUGGAACAAGUGGGCUUCGGAAGCCGACGAAGACGUUUUUGCAGCCGAAUUACACCGAGAAUUUCGUGCAGUCGAUCCUGCUCUCUUGCGGUGAUGCACUCCGAGGUUCCACGCUCGUCGUUGGAGGUGACGGGAGAUAUUUCGUCAAGCAGGCUGCAGAAAAUAUCAUCAGAAUGUGCGCGGCUAAUGGAGUUUCCAGAGUGAUUGUCGGUGAGAACGGCAUUUUCUCAACACCGUGCGUCUCGGCUAUCAUUCGGAAAGAGAAAGCACUAGGAGGAAUCAUUCUGACCGCCAGUCACAAUCCGGGUGGCCUAGACAAUGACUUUGGAAUCAAAUUCAACACGGCCAACGGUGGUCCGGCGCCGGACGGAGUCACAACGAAAAUUUUCGAGAUAUCGAAAAGCCUUGCAGAAUAUAAAAUCGUGAACGACCUCAAGAUCGACGUCGCUGUCGUAGGUAAAUCCACUUUCAAAAUCGACGGUUGCGGAGACUUCGUGGUCGAGGUCGUCGAUUCGGUGUCGGCUUAUCUCGACCUCAUGAAAGGGAUCUUCGACUUCGGAGCGAUCAAGACGCUGCUGAGUGGAGACUUCAAAAUACUGAUCAACUGUCUGAACGGAGUGACUGGACCGUACGCCACCCGCAUCUUCGUCGACGAGCUCGGAGCUCCGGCGUCUUCCGUCGUGAACUGCAUUCCGCUCGAGGAUUUCGGUGGAGCUCACCCGGACCCUAAUCUGGUUUAUGCCAAGGAGCUCGUGGACGCGAUGGCCACCGGGGCGUACGACUUCGGAGCGGCUUUCGAUGGGGACGGCGAUCGAAACAUGGUAUUAGGCAAGAACGCCUUCUUUGUCUCUCCGUCCGAUUCUCUGGCGGUGAUUGCCGACAAGGCUGAGCAAUGCGUACCGUACUUCAAGUCUGGAAUCAAAGGGUUCGCUCGAUCGAUGCCCACCGCGGGUGCCGUGGACUUGGUCGCGAAGAAAAAGCAGAAGCCCAUUUACGAAGUUCCCACCGGCUGGAAGUACUUCGGAAAUUUGAUGGACGCCGGUCUCUUAUCGCUCUGCGGCGAAGAGAGUUUCGGGACGGGCAGUGAUCACAUCCGAGAGAAAGAUGGAAUUUGGGCGAUUCUUGCGUGGCUGUCGAUUCUCGCGAAGACGAAGCGCAGCGUACAAGACCUCCUCCACGAUCACUGGGCCGUUUAUGGACGGAACUUAUUCACUAGGUACGACUACGAAAACUGCUCAAGCGAAGACGCCAACAAACUCUUCGAACAUCUGGAAAGCCUCAUCGGCGACGAGACCUUGCUGAAGUCCGAGUGGAGAGCCGGAGGCAAAUCCUAUCGAAUCGCCCUCACGGAUAACUUCGAAUACUCGGACCCAGUUGACGGGAGCGUGGCCAAGAAGCAAGGCAUCCGCUUUGUCUUUAAGGAUGGCUCGCGCAUCGUAUUCCGCAUUUCCGGGACCGGGAGCACUGGUGCUACGGUACGUAUGUACUUGGACUCCUAUGAACCUGAGCUUGAGCGUUGCAAGCAAGACGCUGCCAAAACUCUGAGGCCACUGGUGGAUGUGGCCUUGAAAAUCUCCUCCCUAGAGACCCAUCUCAAGAGGGACAAGCCGACGGUCAUAACUUGAGCUUCUCGCUCGAUUCCAUUUUGAAAUUCAACGGAGCUUCGUGUGCAAUGAGCCAAAACUUGACUCUACCUCAGUCAAGUCUCAGAAUUGCUUCGAUUUCACGGAAUUCUUCGAAAUGGAGGACAGAUUCUGCCAAAGUCAUACUCAACAAUCGAUGCAAUGAAUAAACUCAGAGUGGCAUUUUGAUACA